UAUUUACUGUUAACGAGAAAAAAUCGCACCAAAAAUGUUAAAUUCUGUGCUAUGUUUACUGUUUGCUGGCGUUGCUCAGUCAGCUGUAAUUAUUACUGCUGAACCUAGCGACGUAGAAAAGCCCCUUGGUUUUGAGCUUACCGAAACCCGUCUGGAAUCUUUACAAAACAGCAUGUUGGUAAUCCUCCAACUGCUCCACCACCAAGUCAUCGGCAUCGACUCGUGUGCUUCCGUCCCGUCGCCAGGCCUGUACAAACUAGCUUGCGAACGCUGCCCCAAACUGCCCACCGUCCUCUGCGCCAACGGAUCGCUCGGCGGAGGAUGGCUCGUAAUUCAGCAACGUUUGGACGGUUCCGUGGACUUUAACCGCUACUGGGACGACUACCGGAACGGGUUUGGAACGAUCGGCGCGGGGAGUGAGUUUUGGCUCGGGUUGGAACAAAUCCUCCAGAUCACCGCCAACGGAGACUACGAGCUGGCUGUGGAGUUGAAGGACGAGUCUGGACUGUACGGAUUUGCUCGGUAUUCGCAGUUUAGGCUUGCCGGCGAGACGGAACGGUACAGAAUUUCUGCGCUGGGACAGUACAGCGGGACGAUUGGGGACAAGUUGAGCCAGCACAGGGAUCUGCCGUUUUCAACGCGAGACAGGGAUCACGAUCAGUCGAGGACGAGCUGUGCCGAGUACUAUUCGGGUGGUUGGUGGUACAAAAGUUGUGCGAGUUGCAUUUUAAACGGAUCGUACAAGAAACUGGAGCAUAAUAAUCGAGGCAUGAGCUGGCCCAGCUGGACUUAUGCUGCAACGUACAGCCGGAUGAUGAUUCGUCGAAAGUGAUAAGGGCAGAUUGAAUUAACCCUCUACAACCUAACCCCGCCUUUAGACGGGCUUCGAUCUAAAAAAUCGCCAAAAAUCAAUUUUCCAACCAGUUUUUGAUAUUUAAAAAGCAUUGGAAAGAAGAACUCUUAAAAUUUUAGAAAAUUUCAGGGUUGGAAGUUUAACUUGUUUUAUGUGACUUUGCCAAUGUUUUUAAAAAUGUCAUUUUUUUAGGGGUCAACUUUGGCUGUGUUUUUUACUAACAUUUCCUAUAUUUUCAGUAAAAAGAAGUAUGCAGGAAUUUUUGUAGUGUCCCAGACUAUGCCUCUACGCAUUUUUUUGCAAUUUAAAUGAUGAUGGUGCGAUUCUAUGGCAGAAAAUGUGAAAAACAUGCAAAAAAUUGAAAAAGUGACUGUAAAAACAUGAAAAAAUUAGAUAGGCGAAAUGUAAUUAUAUUAGAUGGUGGAGUAGGCCAAAUACUACCAAAAACAAACAUAAACUAAACAAGAUAAAUGCAAAUUAAAAUACUAAAAAUGAAACAAGGAAAACAUAAAACAAGAAAAGUAAAGUUUUUCGUAGAACAAAAGUUGCUCAAAAUGACCUCCUGAACACGGGAAAAAUAAAUAUUUUCGAAAAAAAAAUUUGGGCAGUAGAGGGUUAAGUAAAAUAAAUUGUUACGUCAGCGCACUGCAAGUUAUGAAAAUAACAUUGUUUGAUUUUCUUGAUUGCUGAUUGUCAAGGUCGUCUCCUGAGUCUAAAGUUUUUCGGCAAACAAGGGAAAAACUUGCAAUAGCGACCACAAAAGACCUGGGGGUCGUUAAAGUGGAUGGUUUGAUUUUUGAAUCAAUCCACAAUUUUGAAUUACCUAUGAGCGUUUUCCCAACACCGAAGGUAAAGUCAAGUAGGUACCUAGAAUGACAGUCAAAAACGCGCUUCCCAAACACGGAUGUGAACUUCAAGUCUCUAGAAGGCAUAACAAUUUUAGGCAAAUAUGGCAUUCCAAAAGGCUUAUGCGCCCUUUCUAAAUGUUGUCCCUAUUUUGGGCCUACUUUUAAUCACAUUUU